AUGUGGGCUCAGGCACAUUUGAGCAAGACACAUGCUUUACCGAAGCGAGAGACUUUCACUAGAAACUUGGAAUCCGAUGCCAUAGUGACACUACGUCGUACCCCUGGUACCGAUGAUUUGGUUGCAUUGGCCAUGAUGGCUUACCUACCAUAG